CACCUUCAUACCGUAAGGUCCACUAGCGGUAUCAACGAUGAGCAACCCAGAGGUGGUUGUGGAAGAUGACCAGCUCAGCGACGUCGUGCCCUCCAACAUCGUGUCCCGUCAGGAAAGCGAGGGACCGGAGAGCGAGUAUGUUGAGGAUGCAGGAGACUCGAUGGAAGUGGACGAGUUGGACGGCGAGGAUGAGCCGACCCAGAGUCGCGAGCCUGUGUCUUUGUCGCCCGUCAAGCUAGCUAGGCAGCAAGCGAGCGAGGCCCGCAAACGGAAACGAAAGGCAGAAGAGGGUAAGCUGCAGGAGAAAAGGCAAGAGAUGGACAAGGCGAAGAUCUCUGACGCUGUGAAGCGCUAUUCAUAUCUGCUCGGUCAAACUGAACUCUUCAAGCACUUUUGUCGACAUCAAGAAAGCUCGUGAUCCUGAGUAUGCUGCUCUUUUGGACUCACAACCAAAACCCAAGGGUCGAGGCCGCAAGAAGGCGGUGGAUAACAGCACGCGGCACAGAAAAUCGGAAAAGGAAGAAGACGAGGAGAUGUUGAAGGACGGCGAGUUGCAGGCAGGCGGGGAUGAUCAACCAUUCGUUUUCGAAGAGUCACCGAGCUUCAUCAAUGGUGCUAUGAGAUCGUACCAGCUGCAAGGUCUCAAUUGGAUGGUCUCUCUCCACCAUAACGGUCUGAACGGUAUCCUGGCCGAUGAAAUGGGCCUCGGAAAGACUCUGCAAACCAUUGCCUUCCUUUCGUACCUCAAACACUACAAAGAUAUUCAAGGACCUCAUCUCGUCGUUGUGCCUAAGUCCACUCUUCAGAACUGGUCACGCGAAUUCGAGAGAUGGACUCCUGAUAUCAAUACCGUCCUUCUCACUGGCACCAAGGAGGAACGUGCUGAGAUCAUUGCCAACCGCAUCAUUCCACAAGAUUUCUCCGUCCUCAUUACCUCCUACGAAAUCUGUCUUAUCGAAAAGUCUGCACUUAAGAAGCUUUCGUUCGAGUACAUUGCCAUCGACGAGGCGCACCGCAUCAAGAACGUCGACUCCAUACUCUCCCAGAUCGUCCGAUCAUUCAUGUCUCGUGGACGUCUCUUGAUUACCGGUACUCCUCUGCAGAACAACAUGAAAGAGCUUUUCGCUCUCCUGAACUUCAUCUGCCCCGAGAUCUUCUCUGAUUACGCUGACCUGGAGAGCUUCUUGCACAAGGACGAGGCCGAUGGCGAAUCUGACGAUGAGAAGAGCAAGAAGGUUGUCGAGGCAUUGCACAAGAUUCUCCGACCUUUCCUCCUCCGCCGCGUCAAGAGCGAUGUAGAGAAGGGCCUUCUACCCAAGAAGGAGAUCAACAUCUACGUUGGUCUAACGGAGAUGCAGCGGAAGUGGUACCGUUCUGUCCUCGAGAAGGAUAUUGAUGCCGUCAAUGGCUUGACUGGCAAGAAAGAGGGCAAGACGCGCCUGAUGAACAUGGUUAUGCAGCUUCGUAAAGUCACUUGUCACCCCUACCUUUUCGACGGCGCAGAGCCUGGCCCACCCUACACGACAGACGAGCACCUGAUAGAGAACUCGGGCAAGAUGGUCAUUCUCGACAAGCUGCUCAACUCGAUGAAGGCGAAGGGCUCUCGCGCACUCAUCUUUAGUCAGAUGAGCCGUAUGCUCGACAUCCUCGAGGACUACUGCCUGUUCCGUGGCUACAAGUACUGUCGUAUCGAUGGCAGCACUGCUCACGAUGACCGCAUUACCGCUAUCGACGAGUAUAACAAGCCGGGCAGCGAGAAGUUUAUCUUCCUUCUGACGACUCGUGCUGGGGGUCUAGGCAUCAACUUGACGACCGCCGACAUCGUGGUACUGUACGACAGCGACUGGAACCCUCAGGCCGACUUGCAGGCCAUGGAUCGUGCACACCGCAUUGGUCAAACGAAGCAAGUCUAUGUCUUCCGCUAUGUCACGGAAGGCAGUGUCGAAGAGCGCAUGCUCGAGCGCGCAGCACAGAAGCUCAGACUCGACCAGCUCGUUAUCCAGCAAGGACGGACGCAGACGUCGAAGGCGGCGAACAAGGAGGAACUGCUUGAGAUGAUCACGCACGGCGCGGAACACAUCGUAAACUCGUCGGACGAUAUGAUGAUCAACGAUGACAUCGAUGAAAUUAUCCAGCGUGGCGAGGAACGCACGGCAGAGCUGAGCAGCAAGUAUGAAGGCUUAUCCUUCGACGCGCUUGCGAACUUCAAAUCCGAGGCGUCCGUUCAACAGUGGGAAGGCGAGGAUUUCCGUGCGGGUCGCAAGACGCUGCAGUUCAACCCUCUUUCACUAUCCAAACGCGAACGCAAACUCAAUUACUCUGUCGAUGCGUAUUUCAAGGAGUCGAUGCGUGGAGGCCCGUCGAAGCCCGACAAGGCGCCGAAAAUGCCACGCGCCCCGAAGCAGCUCCAGCUCCAAGACUUCCAAUUCUUCCCACCCAGGCUCGCAGUACUUCAGGAGAAGGAGAUCGCGUACUACAAGAAGACCAACGAGAUCCCUGCCACGGUCGAGGAGCCCCAAGGCUCUGAAGACACGCCGGAGAAGCUCGAGGAGGACCGCAAGGUUGCGCAGGAGAUCAUCGACAAUGCGGAACCACUCACCGAGGAGGAAGUCGCGGAGAAGAAUGAGCUGCUCAAGCAGGGCUUUGAGGACUGGAGUCGACGGGACUUCCAGCAGUUCGUGCGUGCGCUUGAGACUUAUGGAUGGACUGAAGACUUCGAGCUCUUCGCGAAAGAGGUUGACUCCAAGACCCCAGAGGCAAUUGGAGAGUACUACAAUGUCUUCAAGAAGAAGUGGAAGGAGCUGUCCGAAUACCCUCGCAUCAAGACUCGCAUUGAAGAGGGCGAGGCCAAGCGGAAUAAAAGGUCGAACUUGGAGGCGUUGCUUGCGAAGAAAAUCACAUCCGUACGGUACCCGAUGCAAGAGCUCGAGCUCAACUACCCGACCACCAAAGGUAAGGUCUACUCCGAGGAAGAGGACCGGUACCUGCUUUGCCGCCUGUAUCACUACGGCAUGCAGGUGGAGGACGUCUACGAGCGCAUCAAGAAGGAUAUCAGCGAGUUCCCUGUCUUCCGAUUCGAUUGGUUCUUCAAGAGCAGAAGUCCGCAGGAGCUCCAGCGGCGGUGCAACACUCUUCUCGGCAUGAUCGAGAAAGAGGCUGAGCAGCAGCAGGCGCAGGAAGUGAAGACAAAAAGCACGAAGGGUAAAAAACGCGGCAUCGAAGAGGUCAAGGCAGAGGAAACGACUGCCAAGUCGUCGCGGGCGUCGACACCUGGGAGUGGCACGCCAGCUUCAACGGCAGCGACGAACAAGAGGCCGAACAAGAGAAAGAAGACGUAGAUGCGGGUCUUCGUGCUUCAUGCUUCAUACCGUGUUCUUGUUUUUGCUCUAUGAUUGCCGACUAUCCUACAUUCUAUGUUUCUAUGAUUUUGUAAUCUUCCUGUAUCAUAUAGAAUAGACAC